UACACUGCUAAGUGCUAAAUGCUCAGUAAGCGUUGCCCCAUCAAUGAGUGCGAAGGUAGGCUCAGCGUAGAUAAAAUGCCAAAAUAGAAUUUCUUCAACGAUAUUCUAACGAUCAAAAGUGCGUGAUUUCUUCCACCUGUACGGCCUGUAGCUUGAAGUUAAUUUAUAUUCGCAGAAUGUACGGCUACGAUCUGAACAAACGUGUACAAACUAUUUUUGCUGUUGCUGCCCUUUACGUGAUAUGCCUAAAAGCACACCAAAGUAAUGCAGCUGCCACAGUUGAUCGAAGCUUAGCUUACGCUAAAGCACAAGCCAUAAAGAAGUCUGGCGGCAACCCGGCUACAAGCUCUUAUUUUCAGCGCGACCCCUAUGGCCCAGAUACUUAUGCUUUUGGAUUUGAAGUGAAUGAUAAUCGCACCGGAAAUGUGCAAUUCCGAGAUGAAAGACGUUACGUGAAUGGCAGCGUGGAAGGGUCAUUUGGGCAUGUGCGUCCAGAUGGACGAGUAAUUGUCACUCAUUUUUUGUCAGACAAUGAGCGAGGUUUUUUGCACGAUACACGCACAUUUGAGGCAGGCGAACACGAGAAAUGGCAAGCGCAUUGGCCGACCAAACGACCAGAUAUACAUAUGCAACGUCCACACGAUAUGCCCACAGGAGCAGUGGUUUACGAUAAGGACCUUCAUUUAAAUUUGACUAAUAGUCAAACACCAGAAAACCUCGCCAACGCAAUCAAAGAUCAACACGGAAUCGAUGUAAAUAUGAGUGGGAACGCGCCCGAAAAUAUCGGGCAUGCGGCAUUGCAAGACAUUAUCGACGGCAAAAUACCAUUGCAGACUGUACCUGGUAAAGCGGAAACUCAUAUCGGGUUUGAGACGGUAAAUGAUCUUUUACCUUCCGACUUCCCAAUCGUUCCAUUUAAAUUGCCAUCAAUGUUGGGUGAUGAAGUUGGAGCUAGCAAGCAGCAGAAGUCUGCCAAUGACGAGCAAGCGAAUAAAAAGAAUGUGCAGGACAAAUACAAUAAGGCCAAAGCAAAUAAUGCGGAAAAAAAUUUAAGUGUUGAUAUGCUCAAGAAAAACGUAACCCAGGCAGUGAAGUCCAAGACUGUUGACGUUGGAACUAAAUCUAACAACAUGAACAACCAGACUGUUACAGAUAAGCCAUUACCUUCGAACGUAACUCCAAAAGAUGCAGCAAGUGCUAAUGAUGCGUGGUAUCAGCAACUGAUCGAAGAUACGAGAAAUGAAUUUUUGAAUAAUUUACCCGAUUUGCAACAAGAGGGAUCAUAGACCUAAGUUUAUGUGUAUAUGUUUUUAUGUAUGUAUUUACUUACCCACGUAUUUUAGUAGUAUUUCAAAUAAUAAAUUUUAUGCACUAAUUGGGAACUCAUUUAAGUAAUCCAUAAAGUAGAUUAAUAUACAUGUAAAUAUAAAUACUGACGUACUUGAGGGCAGGGUUUUCUAAUUUUGUUUAUAUGAAAUUUGAAUGGAACAGUAUAAAGCAAUGUAUGUAAGUAAAUAUAUCAAAAUGUUCCAUUUAGCCAUGUCUGUCUGUCCGUCGGCCUAUUUAUCCGUUCGCAAGUUAACUCGAAAAUAUUACUUUUUGUUCAAAAUAAUUUAAUAUUGAAAAUGGAUGAAAGCGCUCAACAGCCACGAUCACCUGCAAUAUGACGGUAAUUUUGAAAAUAGGAAAAAAAUGUGUUCUCUCUGCUAUAAAUCAAUCAAAAUUAUAGUAAAAUUUGUAAAAGUGAUGAAAUUAUAUAGGGUUUUCCAAAAACAUGUGUUAUUUUGAUUUGAUUAUUGAUUAUUAACGAUUUUUUAUGGCCGAAAUUGGAUGGUAUUGAUCUGUACAACGUUUAUUUUCAACAAGACGGCGCUACGUGCCACUCAAGCAACGAAACCAUUGAUCCUUUACGGGCCACCGAGAUCUUGUGAUUUAAUACCUUGUGACUUUUUUCUUUGAGGCCACGUGAAAGAGAAGGUCUACGCCAACAGCCCAGAGUAGAUUUAAGGCCUCAAAAAUGGAAUUCAUUAGGCUAACGAUGACAUAGGGCAGCUACUUUGCAAUUCGGUUAUGGAAAAUUUCAUGAAUAGGAUAUUGUCCUGUAAGCGUGGUCGUGGUAGUCAUUUGCCUGAUGUUAUUUUCCACUA